AACUCUUUUUUCGAUCAAAUUUGUAUAAAAGGAGGAGCGCUCGGAAAAUUCAAUUCAUUUGUGUUUAUCAUUUUCUUGUGCACUUUUCCAAAACGAGAAGCUAUUGAAAAAUGAGCGAGGAGCACAUUGCAGUCACUCGAUUCCGAGAAUACCUUCGGGUUAAUACAGAACAGCCGAAUCCAGAUUACGUGGCCUGUCGUGACUUUUUGUUCAAAUAUGCGGAUGAAGUUGGAAUUGAAAGGAAAGCUGUUGAGACAGCUCCAGGAGUUUAUUUCGUAAUAAUGACGAUCCCAGGAUCUCAACCAGAAUUACCUUCAAUUAUGUUAUAUUCUCAUACUGAUGUAGUUCCAACAUUCCGUGAGCAUUGGACUCAUGAUCCAUAUUCUGCAUUCAAAGAUGAAGAUGGAAACAUUUUUGCUCGCGGAGCACAAGAUACAAAAUGUCUUGGUGUACAACACGUUGAGGCAUUCAGGAAUUUAUUUGCAAAAGGGGCAAAACAAUGGAAAAGGACAAUUCAUGUGGUGUGGGGUCCAGAUGAGGAAACAGGGCAUAUAAAUGGAAUGAAGGGAUUUGUGGAGACGAAUGAGUUCAAGAAGCUUAACAUUGGGUUUUCACUUGAUGAAGGUCAUGCAUCUGAAAAUGGCGUAUAUUUGACUUUUUAUGCUGAAAGAGUAACCUGGUGGCUUAAAGUAACAGCUCCCGGAAAUCCAGGUCAUGGAUCUCAGUUUAUGGAAAACACCGCAAUGGAGAAGAUUGAACGUUUCCUUGCAAGUGCAAGAGCAUUCCGAAACGAGCAAAAAGAAUUGUUAGAGAAAAAUCCUACCUGGGCUCUUGGAGAUGUUACGACUUUGAACGUGAAUAUUUUGAAGGGUGGAGUUCAAUUCAAUGUGAUUCCCGAAAAGUUUGAAGCUUAUGUUGAUAUCAGAUUGACACCAAAUCAAGAUUUUGGUGAAAUUCGUGCAAAAUUGGAUCAAUGGGUGAAAGAUGCAGGAGAAGGUGUCACUUAUGAAUUUUCUCAGCAUUCCGACUACAAACCAGUGUCUCCACAUACUCGAGACGAUCCAUUUUGGGCUGCAUUUGAAGAUAGUUUGAAACAAGAGAAUUGUGAAUUCACCACUGAAGUAUGUGUAGGAUCAACUGAUUCCAGAUUCGUAAGAAAGGCUGGAGUUCCUGCUAUCAAUUUCUCUCCAAUGAUCAACACACCUGUCCGAGCACAUGCCCAUAACGAGUUUUUGAAUGAAAAAGUAUUUUUAAGAGGAGUUGAAAUCUUCGAGACACUCAUCAACAAUCUGGGAAAUGUUUGAUAUAUUUGGAAUUAAAUAAGUAAUCCAUAAUAAAUCUAUUCCGUAAAUAUAUUGCACAUACGUUUUCCUCCAUUCGAAUUUAAUAAAAGUUCAUUGGUUUUUU